AUGGAUUCGAGGGUAAACAGACCCGUUGACCCCAAACAAAGGGAGAGAGAUGUCGAGAACAAACUUCGACUUUACGGAAUCUAUACAGCCUUCCAGAACGGCAGAUUGCCAUCAAACAAUCAAAUUGACGUCGCGCUUUCCUCCCUCACAAACCAUAGCAAGCUAAGAUCACCCAACGAGAACCUUUCGGCGGAGGGCAAGAUCAUUCUCGAGGACUUCCGAACUACCGUUGAGGAAGCCAAGCGCCUUGUCUUAGUAAAGAAUCAUGAUCAGGUUUUCCAGGAAUUCAUUUGGAAUACAACUCAGCUUGGUGUCAAGGGAGGGCCGCAGACAUCGACACCCGGCGUCCCGGUAUCGAAGGAAACGGCCAACAGGGAUGUUGAGCAAGCACAAGCUGGUUUCAGAACUUUGGGUCAAUUAAUUACCACCAAUGGGGAGUUCCGCAAACUUCUCAAUGAUGCUGUUGUCCUCCUCCGCGACAUUGCCGGCGACGCCGCUACCAAAACUGCUUCGCGAAUUAGUCCCACCGAAGAUCAGCUGAGACAGAUGGACAACCCAGCACCCGACCACCAAUGGGUCGAUGCUCCAAACCUCUCCCGUGAAAACUUCAAGAGCCAAGUCCGCAGCCAGUUCAACCAAAACAAGCCAGUACCUCGUGGCGAAGCCGUUGGAAGUGCCACCCAAGCCACCGACCCACAUGGCUCCCGUGACACUCGUGAUGCUACUGCACGAACGGCCCACGACGAAAGAAAAAACCGCGAUGCCGGCGGUCUGGAUGCUAGCAGCGGCAUUCGGGCUGGCGCAGAGGAGCUGCGUCAGAAGGCUCAGGAUAAUGUCCCGGAAGGACAGAAACAAAGGGUUCCCGAGCACAUGGAGCGCGCCAGCAACUACAUGCAGAACAAGAUGCCUCAGGAGCGUCGUGAGCAAGUCAUCUUCAGACUAAAGAAGAUGGUUGUCGAAAUCCAAAGCCACCAAGACUACCAGCAGGCUAUCGACACAUUGCUCGGGCUCGCAGAGACCUACACCGGUCACACCAAGGGUAUUGCUAGCAACAGCACCGGAACUGUCAAGGAUGCCCACCAGGACACCCACCUCCAAAGCUCUGAGAAGAGUUUAAGGGUUAUUCUUGAGCGUUUUGCGAACUAUACUAGCAUUGAAGACUUGAUCGAUUCCAUCAACGAUAUCUACCGCGACGCUAAUAAUGAUCCGGAGCUCAAGGGUUGGUUCGGUGACGUCAACAACUACAUCCGCACCUGUCUCAAAGAAGAGGGUUAUAUCAUGCGCCAUGAGUCUACUGAGCAGUACGAUCGUUUGUACGAUCACGGCAAUUUCUUGCUUCGCAACCGCUACCGCGAUCAUACCGAUCGUGUUGCCAAUGAACUCAGAUUCUUGGCCGAUCAAUUUGCAGCAGACCCGGAGAAUCAGCGCUUCAGACAGGCCACGCAGAAGCUGUUCACUGACCUUGGAAACGACGAAAACGGCAAGCCCGUAUUCAAGAAACACCUUGUCAAGGAUAUCACUCAAAUAAUCAUUCCCGAGCUCAUUGAGAACAUUCGCUACAUUCCUUUCCCCAGAAUCGAGUAUUCUGAUCCGAUGAUUGACGCCGUUGUCGAGAACCUCAUCAUUGAAUCCGACAAUUUGAUGCCUAAUGUCUUGGAGAUUGGCAAUGACAAUUACUUUAGAUUCGGUCGGAAGACUGUUUCCAGCAAGCACAGCCACGCCGCCAUGGUCUCUGCAUCCCAAAUCCAAUGUGAUAUUAGAGAUGUCAGCUACUAUAUCAAGAAGAAGCAGGGAUUCCCUUCCAUCACCGACACUGGCGUCGCUGAUAUCUUCCUCGGAGGUGACGGGUUUAACUUCAGGCUUCAGCUGGCAACCCCCAGCAAGCUCGACCGUGCCCGAUUCUUCAAGGUUGAGAGGGUCGAUGUCAACAUCAACACCCUCAAGAUUAAAUUGAAGAAAUCGAAUCACAAAAUUUUCUUCGCUCUCUUCAAGCCCGUCUUGAUGGGUAUUGUGAAGCCUGCUAUCACAAAGAUCCUAGAGAAGCAAAUCCGGGAUAGCUUCGGUCGCCUUGAUCAAUUGGCAUAUGCCAUCUACCAGGAGGAGCAGAAGAUUGAACGUGACAUCAAGAAGAACCCGGACCCAACGCACGUUCAGAAUAUCUAUAGCCGCUACUACCAGGCUGCCCGGAGGGAGCUCGCCAACCGUAAGCAGAAGGCCGAGGCUAAGGUUGCCGACAAGCACGCCAACGUCGCCGUCACCCAGGACGACUCCAUGUUCAAGAACAUUUCUCUUCCUGGCGGCAUCUCUACCAAAGCCACUGAGUACAGGGAUCUCUCCAAACGCGGGGAUAGAUGGUGUAGUGAGGUUUUUACCAUCGGCUCAGCUAGCCCAACACCAAACCUCCCGGAACCUCAGCAAAUCACCCGCAAGUCGCCCCAUGCGCAUCGCCGCACUACUCGGGGCCGCGAGACUACCUCAGAUGGUGGGGCUUCCCGGGACAGUGGAUACCAUGCCAACGAUUACCAUGGCUAUGGCACUGGUACUGGUAACACUGGAUUCAGCGAUAAGUUGGCUGAUGGCCAGCCCGACAGUGUUGGGAACCGCAAGACCGGGGAGUAUUCUCUUAACAGGCCUCUUGACGAGAACUAUGCUACCGGCCACUCGCGGACCACGCCGGUUGUUUAAAUUUCCCCUCCCCCUUCCCUCAUUCCACAGUAAUGUGAACAAAUAUUGGAAGGAUGUGUUACGGCGAAGAGUGGGAAGGAGGAGCCCGUCCGCACUCGAUCUUAACUGGCUCAAACACCUUUUUGUUUAAUUUCUAAUUCUUUUUUUUUUUUUUUCUUUUCCCCCUUCUCUUUAUUCCUCCCUCAUUAAAUUUUACUCUUGAUAUCUUUGAGAGCUAGCUCAUGUAUGGUAUAGCUUUUUAUAUCUAAUCUCACGUUUUCUCUUUUCUAAUGG